AUGGGAGCGGAGAAAAUGGAAAUGGAAGACCAAGACUCUACUCUGAUGGAGAAGGGACGGAAGCCACCCGCGCCCAAACCUCCCAACAAAUAUGAGACUCUAUUCCAGCCCUGCCUGGCCGAGAUAGUGGGGACCAUGUUCUUCGUUUUUGUCGGCUGUGUGUCUGUCAUCGAGAAUGUGCCGGCGGCUGGACGGCUGCAGCCGGCCCUGGUGCAUGGACUGGCUGUGGCGGUGAUGGUGGCGGUCAUGGAUAACAUCAGCGGCUCCCAUUUCAACCCUCCCUUCACUAUCGCCAUCUACCUGUGUGGAGGCAUUGAGCUGAUGUUGGUGGGACCCUACCUGGUCAGCCAGCUGAUUGGUGGAGUGCUGGGAGCUGGAAUGGCCAAGAUGAUGACCCCUGCAGACCGCUACUUAAACGCAACGGGAGCAGCGUUUGACAUCCUCAAGUCAGAGAGCCAGCUGUCCGGAGCCAUCUUCGGGGAGGUGGCCAUGACCUGCCUGAUCACCAUGGUGGUGCUGCUGGUGGCGGUCAACAGCAAGACCAAAACCCCGCUGGCUCCGUUCCUGGUGGGCUGUACCGUCAUCAUCAACGUCCUGGCAGGAGGUGACAUAUCCGGAACGUGUCUGAACCCUGCCAGAGCUUUCGGACCAGCUCUGAUGACCAACUACUGGACCUACCACUGGGUUUACUGGGUGGGACCCAGGGGGGGCCUGGUGGCAGCUGCUUUGCUCAGGCUCAUUCUGGGUGAUGAUAAGUUACGAGUCGUUAUGAAAUCAUAACUAUAUUGUUCGUGCCAUGCAGACGGCAGUGAACAUGUCUGUCCCACCCUAUCAGCUACACUCUUGACUCACGUGGCGUCAUAGUGACGUGCGGUCAGUUUGAUGCUGUUGUACUUUUCGUUGG